CAAAUUUAUAAGCGGCUAUUGUGUGAGAAGAAUAAACAACAUUGUUAACUUUCUUUCUCUCUCCCUCUCCCCAAAGUCAGUGAUGCGUAUUAUUAUCAUGGCAAAAUAUUCAUUCAAUAAGCAACAACUUUGUUGUUUGACCUUUUUUGUGCUCAUUUCAACUGUUGCAAUCCCUUCUGGUUGCAUUCGUCAACUUCAUCAAGAAACAAUUACAAAUCAUGCCAUCCUUAUCGUGUUUGGGGAAUCUUUGUUCGAUCCAGGAAACAACAAUUACAUUAACACGAGCACAAAUUUUCAGGCCAAUUUUCCUCCAUACGGUGAAACUUUCUUCAAAUAUCCAACUGGGAGAUAUACUAAUGGCCGCACCAUCCCGGACUUUAUUGCUGAAUUUGCAAAUUUGCCUUUAAUUCCGCCAUUCUUGGAACCCCAUCAUCAUCAUCACCACCAUCAUGUGGCUUAUGGCUACAAUUUUGCAUCUUCUGGUGCAGGUGCCCUUUCAGAAACUAAUUCUGGAUUGGUGAUUGAUCUUCACAAGCAACUGAAGUAUUUUAAAAAAGUUAGGAACCAUUUGAAGGCAAAACUAGGUGAAAGAGAAAGUGACAAAGUGUUAGCAAAUGCUGUAUUUUUAUUAAGCAUUGGUGGUAAUGACUACUUGAGGCCUUCACCGUUAUUUGCAUCAUUUCCUCCCGACCAAUACGUUUCUAUGGUGAUUGGCAAUAUUACUUCUGCUCUUCAGGAAAUAUACCACAACGGUGGACGAAAAUUCGGAAUUCUGAAUAUAUGGCCGUUGGGAUGCUUACCGAUCGCCCGAGCACAAAAUGUGGCCAGCGGUGGAGACGGAAGCUGCGAUCCUCGGGCCAAUGCUGUGACGGUGAGCCACAAUUCCCUGCUUGCCGCAACACUCCGGCAACUGCAAUGGCAGCUCAAAGGCUUUCAAUAUUCACUCUUUGAUGUUUUUUCCGUUGCAUUGGAUGCAGAAUCGAAUCCAACCAAAUAUGGUAAUUUAUUACUAUUAUUUAUGUUUAAAUUCACCGUUUUGUAUACAUAUAUGACUCCAUCUGUCCUAAAACAUUCAUCCACAUUGUAAAUUGUGUAUUGCAUACUAAACAAAAAAUAAUUUACAAAUUGAAACGUGGACUUUCUUUUUGUGACUGAGGGAAUACUAUAUUAUUAUUUAUUACUACCAAUAACAUUGGUUUUUCAUGUAUUUGAACUUUAUUGUUUAGAAUGAGGGUGGUGUUUUAUGGAUGAAAAACUGUAAAAGCCUUUCCUUCUUACUUUGGAUUUCAAUUAGUUUAUAAAAGUAUCAUUAUUUUUUAUGAGUCAACUUACUAAUAUGAUGAAGGUAAAAAUAUAAUUAUCCCUUCCAUUUUAACUUUCUGCGUUAACAUUUUUUUAAACUUAAUAAAAUGAUAUGUUAAAACGGGACGAAAGGAGCAAGCAGAGGAGAGUUACAUUAUACUCUAUGGGUGGUACUAGCUUCUUUUUAUUUUUUUAUUUUUAUAAAUAAAUCAUGCUUAUACAUAAUUAAAGAAGUUCAACAAAGAUUAGGAUCAUCAUUACUCGUGACUAGAGAAGUUAAAAAUAUUAAUUAGCUCUCCAUCCGAGAUCAUGAUUACUCUAGAUUAGGUGAGUGACAAUAUUAACUCGCAUUUUGUUCAUUGAAAACAUUGAUGUUUUUUAUUUUUAUCAUUGUCACACUAGUUUGCUAGUCAGUCCAUUUUUUCCAACUCAUAUUACUCUUUCCCUUUUUUUAUUUUUUUUUUAUUUUCUUUGUCAUCUUAAUUGUGACAUACUAGGUUUUAAGGACGCGAAGAGUGCAUGUUGUGGAACUGGUCCAUUCAGAGGGAUCCCUAGUUGUGGAGGAAAAAGACAACCAAAGGAAUAUGAACUAUGCAGUGAUCCACAAGACUUCUUGUUUUGGGAUUUUAUUCAUCCAACUGAAGCAUCCAAUCAAAUUUCAGCUCAGGCAUGGUGGAAUGGACCCCCUAACAUUACUGGCCCUUACAACCUCCAAGCCCUUUUCCACCUCACUUCCUAAGUAGCAGUAAGACGAAAUAAUGAUUUUUCGGGAAAUUAAAAAAAAAAAAGUUCUGCAUCCACAUAAAAGAAAAGUUAGUAAUUCAUGAAGUGCUGCUCGUGUCCAUCCCAUUAAUAUUCAGGAACAAUAAAAUUGGCAACCCACAAAAUUGUUGGAUUUGUAUGAGUGAUUAUAACCAGGGUUUUCUUCUUCAUUACCCAUUUUAAGUGUGUGCAUAAAGUGAGGUGUGCGAGACAAUUUGGUGCCUCCCUCCCUAGGCACAAUCUGUAACGCAUUUUACGAAUUUUCAAGUUCGUGUGUAAUUUGCUUAAACUGUAUACUCAAUCUACUACGAGUGAUAGCAAUCCGUGACAAAACC